AUGGGCGAGUUCGAGGACCAGUUCGAGGACGAAGUGGAGGACGAGGACGAGGGAGAGGUCGUCAUCGCCCCUGAUAGCGAUGAGGAGGAGGAUGAGGAUGAAAUGGAACUCGACAACAAUGACGACGAGGCAGAACCCGCCGACGACCUCGAAGUUUACCUCCCCGGUCAAAAGCUAGCCGAGGACGAAGAACUGGUCGCCGAUCCCAGCACUUACGAAAUGCUGCACUCCAUGGGUGUCGAAUGGCCCUGCCUCAGUUUCGACGUUCUUCGAGACAGGUUGGGUACGGGACGAGCUACCUUCCCGAUGACCUCGUACAUCGUUGCUGGGUCACAGGCGGAGCAGGCUAAGGACAACAAAUUGUAUGUUAUGAAGAUGAGCCAGUUGCACAAGACGAAGGUGGCGGAUGAUGAGGAUGGGGAGGAGAGCGGGGAUGAUGAUUUGGAUGAUGACCCUAUUCUGGAGUACAAAACCGUACCGCAUUACGGAGGGGUCAACCGUGUCAGGGUUAUGCCGCACAACGAAGCCCACAUCGUAGCCUCCUGGGCAGACACGGGGAAGGUGCACAUCUACGAUAUCACCGAACAUGUCCGUGCCUUAGAUACCCCCGGUCUCAUCCCGCCAAGAGAGCCAAAGCCAAUGUACACGAUCGACAACCACGGAGCCUACGAAGGUUACGCCAUGGACUGGUCGUCCCUUCAAACCGGCCAUCUCGUCACUGGAGACACCAAGGGACGCAUCUUCCUGACCCAGAGGACAGAGUCGGCCCAAUUUGUCACGAACAAGGACUACUUCCGUGGCCACACUGAUUCCGUGGAGGAUCUUCAGUGGUGUCCUACGAGGACGAACGUCUUUGCGUCUGCGAGUGUUGAUCAGACGAUCAAGAUUUGGGAUGCGAGGGAGCGAAGCAAGCCACAAUUGAGUGUGCACGCUCACGAUUCCGAUGUCAAUGUCAUUAGCUGGCACACAACGAAAGACAACCUCCUGGCCUCCGGCUCCGAUUCCGGCGUGUUCAGCAUCUGGGAUCUCCGCACCUGGUCCGUCACCGCCACCCCCACCCCCGCCGCGACCUACAAAUGGCACCAAGACGCCAUCACCUCCAUCGAAUGGGCGCCCCACGAAUCCUCCGCCCUCGCUGUCGCGGGCGCCGACGACCAAAUCACCCUGUGGGAUCUGUCUAUGGAGAAGGACGAAGACGAGGCGCCCACGAUCGGCGCGUCCGGUGUGGAAGUACCGCCCCAGCUGAUGUUUAUUCAUCAGGGCCAGCAGCACAUUAAGGAGUUGCAUUACCAUAGGCAAUGUCCGGGCGUGAUUAUUAGCACGGCGUUGAAUGGGUUCAAUGUAUUCAAGACUAUCAACUCUUGA